AUGCCUUCACAAGGCAGUAGCAGCAGCGGAGGCGGCAGCGGCGGGAACACAGCCAGGAGGGCCGAGAAACAAGCAUCAGUAGCGGAUAGCACCACGAGCGCCGAGACAGGGGCGAAGCAGCCCUUCUCCCACGAGCACACGAGGUUCAUCAAACGGUACAGGACAGAGGUGGCAGCCAGUGCCUCCAGUGUCCUGUCCACCCUAGCGACGUUUCCCCUCGACAGCGUCAAGACGCGGAUGCAGACCUACAAGUAUUCUGGAUUUGUGGAUUGCGUCCGGCAUACCUACCAGACCGAGAAACUGAGGGGCUUCUUUCGGGGUGUGACUGCCCCCUUAGCAAGUAUCACGCUGGUCCGAACCGUCUCAUUCUCGAUUUACCAACGAUCGAAAUACGUAUACUCGGCUUGGCUGAAGACGAAUUUCGACAUCGAUGUUCUUGGCCAUGUCAACAAGAAGGGGACUUAUCCGAACCUGACUUCAGUCGCUUGUUUCGGUGCGGCGGGUGCUACAGCUGGUUCUUGUAUUACAUUGAUCGCAUGUCCGUUUGAGCUCACGAAAUUGAGUGCUCAAGUGUCUGUUCUCCUCGCCGACCGUAAAAACUGCCCCCGUCCCGAGAGUUACAAGAUUGCCGCCACAUACCAGAACAAGGGAACACUCAAGACGAUGGCAAACAUCAUGCGGCACCGCGGACCUUUUGGUCUGUACACCGGAUUCAAUCUACAUUUGCUGAGGGACUCGCUUGGAACCGGCAUCUACUUCAUGACCUACGAGAGCAGCAAGCAGCUCUUGACGACCUUUGGUGGCGACGGCACCCACUCCAACCCUCUGGCGGUCCUCGUAGCAGGUGGCCUCUGUGGUAUCGUGUCCUGGGCAAUGAUAUACCCAAUUGACUCCGCGAAGAGUAUCUACCAACGCAAUUGUCUGAUGUACUCCAGAGGUCAGAAGGUGCCUCCCGUGAAGAUCGAGUUUUUUCGGAGACACAUGUAUCGAGGAUUGGGCGUGUCGAUGGGCCGAUCCUGCGCGGUAAAUGCCGUAUUCUUCUCGUCAUUUGAGUUCCUGAAGAAGCGCAUCAAUGCGCUCAAGGACCACGAGAAGUGA